CGCCCGUCCCGUCUCCUCUCCUCCUCUUCUUCCACCCCAGCCACGCCAGCGAGCAAAUCAGACGAAACCCUCCUCGGCUUACCCCAUCUCCGAUCCCCCAUGGCGCAAGACGAGACCCCGGAUCCCUCCGCCUCCGCCUCCGCCUCCGCAUCCGGCUCCUCCUCCGCCUCCGCCUCCGCCUCCGCUGCCGCCGCCGCCCCGGCCGCCCGCCUCAACGCCGCCGCGCCCGAGUUCACCCCCCGAUCCGCCGCCCAGCACCACGGCAGCAACCCCCACCGCCGCGGGUCUCACCACCAUCAGCCGCAUCACCACCACCAGCACUACCAGCCGCGGCACCAGCACCACCACCAAGGCGAGGAUGAUGGGGUCGCCGCCGCGGCGGGGGAGGAUAAGGAGGGGCCUGCGGGCGCGGGGCAUCACCGGCUAAACGACGCCGAUGCCCGCAAGGUCGUCAAACAGGUGGAGUUCUACUUCAGUGAUAUCAAUCUGGCCACAACUGAACAUCUGAUGAAGUUCAUCACUAAUGAUCCAGAUGGAUUUGUGCCAAUAUCUGUAGUUGCAAAUUUUAGGAAAAUUCGGGAGAUAGUUUCUGACAGAUCCUUGUUGGUUGCUGCAUUACGCACAUCAUCAGAGCUGGUUGUUUCGGAGGAUGGGAAAAAGGUUAAACGCUUAAGGCCCUUCAAUACUGAAGAAGUUCAGUCACGCAUCGUUGUUGCUGAAAAUUUACCUGAUCAAAAGUAUCAGGCUCUUAUGAAGAUUUUCUCGGAUGUUGGGAGUGUGAAAUCUAUACGUACCUGCUACCCACAGGAUGGUGGUGCAGCUGCUGCUAGCAAAACAUCAAGGAUUGAGAUGCUUUUUGCUAAUAAGCUGCAUGCUUUUGUUGAGUAUGGGGCUGUUGAAGAUGCUGAAAAAGCGGUUGCAUUCAGUGCUGAGGGAAAGUGGAGAGAUGGUGGCAUUAGAGUUCGCUCGCUGCUUGCUUGUCUGAAGCACGGGUUGGGUCAGGGAAGGAAGGGUGGAGAUGAGUAUGCUGUGGAUGAAGACGGCCCUGACACAACUGGCCACCCACAUGACUAUGGGGCAGAGGAUACUACCCAGAUCUCUGAAGCACAUCUUGAUCAUCAGGCUGAAGAUGGCUCACAUGACAAGGGUGGAAUGAGGCAAGGGAGAGGGCGAGGCCGUGGAGGCAGAGGCCGCGGUCGUGGCCAGUACUAUGGCCACAGCCGAGAUGCCCACCAUCCGAUUGGCACUCCUCCAUCGGAUCACCCAGCUGUCCCAAAGCCGCCCCCAGGCCCCCGCAUGCCGGAUGGAACAAGAGGGUUUACCAUGGGCCGAGGGAAGCCGCUCAACCCUUCCCCAGAUGCUGCCCCAACCACAGAUGCUGCCUAGUGGUUGAGUCCAUGCCUGUGGCGGCCUGUUGCCGCCCUGCUCAUCGUCAGUCAUGCAAACAGAUGACGGUGAUCCUUUGCUCAGGUUCUAAAACCGAUUGCCAUGGCGUGUUGGUUCAUUUUGAUGUGACAUCUAAAAGAGAGAAAAAAGGGAUAUGGCUGGUACUGUGGUACAUGCGUGUAUACUAACACCGGAAGUCUAAACAUGUGUACUGUGAUAUGUAGUUCUUAAAGUAAAAAAAAUCAUACUUGACCAAAAAAAAGGGAGGUUAAAAAA